CGGGAAUAUUGGUUAACUUUAAUCAAAAAGUAGGCUUAAAAUCAACGUUUCGUGUAUUACAAAUUAUUAUGAAAAGGAUUUUUGGACACAUUCUUGAAGAAGUAGAUACAUAGAAACACGACUCAAUGGCAUAUCGUCGUAUGGUUCCUCCACCUCCUCCUUUAGUUUUACCAUCAAGGCGAAGUUUAUAUUCUGAAGAUAACACAUCUGAUUCAUCCUCUCUUUUUUCAAAUACUGUAUUUUCAUCUUCUUAUGCAAGAAAAGGUGUUCCCUCUCCCAUGUCAAUGGUUUUAAAAGUACAGCAUUUAGCUUCUUUGAGAAGGUCAAAAAAUGAUGUUUGUUCCAGUUCAUUAGUUGGGAUUGACCAGGUUGUUUCAUCAACAGCUUUAGCAGAUAGUGAUUUAACCCAAAAGAAUCAUCUGGAAGUUGAUAAUUCAAGCAGUUUAGUUGAUCAAGCUGAAAUCGAAGAAUAUAUGGAAAAUAAUUUUAAUCAGAACACUGAUAACCUUAUCCAUCAUCCUUCAAGACAGGUUGAUAAAAAUAAUUUAGAAGAACAUUGUAAAACAGAAAUGUUUUCAGGACUGGGACAUUAUAAGGAAGAUAAAAGUAAUCAAACUGCUUCAAAUAAACAGAAGAACUAUGAUUUUAUUAGUAUAAUAAGCAACACAGUGGAAACAACCAGGAGUGAAAGAACUGAUGAAAGUAAUUCAAAUGGAGAAAAUUUAGCUGAAGCCAAAAUACUGAAAGAAAAGAAAAAAAAUUCAAGUUACUCAAGUUCAACAACACAAAAGAAACAUUUUGAGCUGACAAAAUCUAGAAAUCUUAAAGAAGACUACAGUGUAGACAAUGAAAGAGAUAUUCUUGUAGAUAACAGUAAGAACAGAGAAAAUGAAAAACAACAUAAAAUUACUUUCAAUAACAACACAAAUAGUACAGAAAGUAAAGAAAAUGCGAAUGACUAUCUUAGUAUUUUGAAGAACAUAAGACAAAAUUAUCAAAAAAUGGCAAAGAAUGGAGGACAAUUAGGGCAUGAACCGGAGAGUGUCACAGAACUUUCUGUAAUAUCAUUUAAUGAUAAAGCUAUAGAAUGUCAGUCUUCAAGUACCUCAAAGGAAAUGCAGAAUUCCAAAGACGAAAAGAAGUUGGAGAGCACUCAGAGACUGGAUAUUGCGUCCACUGAAAAAUGGUAGAGUUUGUGUGGAAGGGAAAUUAAGUGGUGACACAGAGUCAGAUGAAAGGUGGAAGAGUACGGGUAUUGUCCAACGCCUUAAUAGACGCACAGUUGUAACCAGUAGUGGGUCGGUGUAUAAACUCAUUGGAUCUAUGAAGAAAGCUCUUGCUCUGGAAGAAGG